UUCUACUCCGAGGUAAGUAGGCACAGGAUUGCAGAGAGUCUAUGGAAGGUGGAUGGAUGGAUUUAAAAAAAAUUAUACACCGCUUGAACCUCAGCGAGCGUUACCAAAAAGAGAGAGAGAUAAAGAAAAUCGUCACUAAAAAGUUUGCAGAUGUAAUGAUAAAAGACAGAGGUUUAAUCCGCAGUAAAAUAGGCUGGAACAAAUUAAAACUCCAGCAAAGUUUCCUAAAACAUCUCUGAAGAGAGAGCAACUGUAGUAUUCUGUCAAAACCUGGGAAGCCCCGUCAAUUAUGCUGCCGUCCUCCAAUCACAAGCGUUGUUCGCGGGCAACGCCCUCCCAGUUAAAAAAAAAAAAGAUUAGCCGCGCAUGAAAGGCACCAAUGGGCUCGUCACACUUGAAGGAGCCGGCUAGCCCAUUUCGGAAAUAGGUAUUGCAGAAAUUCUGAUGAACAGACCACAUGCCAGAAAUUCACUGGGGAAAGUGCUCGUGGAUGAGCUGUUUGAAACCCUUGAAGUUCUCCAUUUUGAUGAGAGUAUUCGUGUGGUGAUAAUUAAGAGCAAAGUGAAAGGCGUUUUUUGUGCAGGUGCUGACUUAAAAGAGCGUGCUAAAAUGAGCAAUACUGAAGCCGACCAUUUUGUUCAGAGGCUCAGAAGCUUAAUGGAUGGCAUUGCUGCUCUGCCAAUGCCCACCAUUGCUGCCAUAGAAGGCCAUGCGUUGGGUGGAGGCUUGGAACUGGCACUAGCUUGUGAUCUCCGUGUGGCAGCAACCUCGGCUAAGAUGGGCUUGAUUGAAACAACAAGAGGACUCUUUCCUGGUGCAGGUGGAACCCAGCGCCUACCACGCUGUAUUGGACUGAGCCGUGCUAAAGAACUAAUUUUUACUGGCAGACAGAUUGAUGGACAAGAGGCGUUCUCAAUAGGUUUAGUUAAUCAUGCAGUGCCACAGAAUGAGGAAGGGGAUGCAGCUUACCAGAGCGCGCUGGCUUUGGCUGGAGAGAUUGUUCCUCGGGCUCCCAUAGCUGUGAAAAUGGGAAAAGUGGCUAUAAACAAAGGGAGUGAGGUGGAUAUUGCCUCCGGUAUGGCUAUUGAAAGAAUGUGUUAUGCCCAGAAUAUCCCUACGAGAGACCGGGAGGAAGGGAUGGCAGCUUUCAUAGAGAAACGGCCACCUAAGUUCAUUGGGAAGUGACUUUUGUCAAACAUCGUUCAGGUGACUGAAGACAAUUGCAAGAAGUUACGAGAAGGCUGUGCCUUAUUACAUUUUUUUUUCUACAUAAAUUUUAUAUUCAGACAACA